AUGUCUUCAUAUCCCUUCAGCCAUUCCUCUCAUUUUGUUGAACUGUUGAACAGUCAACAAGAGAGUGCAGCUACUUACCCCUGCGUGGCACUUGGAUCAUCACAGCCUCCAUUCUUCUGCUCACAAACGAUCCAUGGAGAUGCAAGCUGCGGAGAAGACAAGGAGAAGGAAAGAACAGCGAGGAAGCAGUGGACGCCGAGUGAUGACAUUCUUCUCAUAAGCUCCUGGCUCAACACCUCUAAAGAUCCGGUGGUCUCCAACGAGCAGAAGAGUGGUACUUUUUGGAGUCGAAUAGCAGAGUACUUUGCAAAGUCAAAGCCAGCAGGAAGUCAAACCCGAGAAGCCAUUCAAUGUAAGCAGCGGUGGCAGAAGAUAAAUGAAGCUGUUUGCAAAUUCUCUGGUUGCUAUGAUGCAGCAACAAGGGAGAGAACUAGUGGCCAAAACGAGAAUGAUGUUCUCAAGAUGGCACACGAGAUAUACUUCAAUGACAAUAAGAAAAAGUUCAUUUUAGAACAUGCCUGGAAGGAGCUUCGUAACGAUCAAAAAUGGUGUGAGCAAAGAACUUCUAAAACUGGUGGAGGCUCUAAAAAACGUCGAUGUGAAGAUGGAGCUCCUUCGCCAAACUCAUUCGCAGAGCCAGAUGAAGCUGAACCCGUUUUGAGGCCUCCUGGUGUAAAGGCAGCAAAAGCCAAAGGGAAGAAGUUUGUGCUUGAUGCCAAUGCUGUGGGUCAUUUCCAAGAUAUGUGGAGCAUAAAAGAGAUGGAGUUUGACAGAAAAGAGAAGGAGAUGGACAGAAAAGAGAGACUGUCAAAGAUGUCAUUACUUGACAGUUUAAUCGCCAAGAAAGAGCCCCUCACUGAGUUUGAAGAAGCCCUGAAGCAAAAGCUGACAAUUGAGCUGUUGAAUAUUUAG